AUGGAUACAGACAAGAAAAACAUGACUCUAAGAGAAGGAUUCCUGGUGAAAAGGGGUCAUCUUGUUCACAACUGGAAGGCACGCUGGUUUGUGUUGAUGUCAGACAAGCUGCUGUAUUACAAGUAUGAAGGAGGCAAAAGGGACUCAUGUCAGCGAGGGAAGAUCCUUCUGAAGGACUGUGUGAUAACUUGUCCUUUUCUGGAGCACGAAAACCGACCUUUGGUGUUCAAGCUCCAGACAAAGAACGGGGUGGAUCAUUUUUUGGAGGCUUGUUCCCGGGAGGAGAGGGAUGACUGGGCAGGUGACAUCACCACUGCGGUCGAAAAGCUGCAGACGUCUGAAGGCGUGAAGGUGACAAAGCAGCAAGACCCUGAUGGAUCCCAGUUACACGACAUCAAUCUCAGCAAAGUGUUGGACUCCAUGUACGACGUCCACAGCGGUAUCACCAUGACCAACCACGUGGAGCAGGGCAACACUUACAGCAACUGUUUCUCAGGUUCAGCGGUGGUGGACUGGCUGGUGUUCAUGCAGCUGACUCUGAACCGUGUGGAGGCCAUGACGCUGGCCUCGGCCCUGCUGGAGGAGGGCUUCCUGCGGACCGUCGGCCUGAAGAGUGUGGAGGCUCUCCGCACCGCCGGCCUCAGUGAGCAGUUCAUGGACGACUCCACCGCGCUGUACAGCUUUUCUGACAACUUAAAGAAGAGAGGAAGUGUGAAGGCAGAGUCUUCACGGUCUGCAGUGGAGCUGAGUGGAAAAGUGAUCAAGAGAGGAUAUCUACUUAAACAGGGACACAGAAGGAAGAACUGGAAGGUGCGACUGUUUGUGCUGCGUUCAGAGCCUGCUUACCUUCAUUAUUAUGAUCCAACCAAGGAUGACAUCAGCCCCGCUGGCGGCUUCUCUCUGCGAUCCUGUCUGGUGUCUUCUCUGGAAGAUAACGGGGUUCCCUCAGGUGUGAAAGGCAACAUUCAAGGCAACUUGUUUAAAAUCAUCACUCAGUGCGACACUCAUUACUUCAUGCAGGCUCCGACCCACCAGCAGAAGAUGGACUGGAUAGAGGCCAUCAGACAGCAUACGUAG